AUGCUGCGGGGUCGUCGACCCCGUGACGUAGACGCCGAAAUAGAUGGGACUCCGCAAUUAGUGGGACGCCUCCGGGCUUUUUCGUCGGCGAACUUUUGGCAGCCGCCGGAGACCGUUAUAGACGCUGGUGAAGUCUUUGAUCUCCAAGCGCGGCAGCUUCCCGUAAUCGGAGAGAUUGCCGUUUCUUUAGCGGGGCUCGCGUGCAGCCUUACGGUCGAUUGCGUUUCGGCUAGGUAUGAGAACUGCUGCACUGGUCGGCGAAAGGGGCCAUGGGAGAAGGCUUGGAUUCGUGCGGCUCGCGUGCACCCUUGCGGUCGAUGGUAUGAGAACCCUGGUCGACGAUCGGAAGGGGCCAUGACAGAAGUACUGACCCUACCCACCUUAUCUGGAGGAGAGGAGCUGCCUAUGAGGGGCUGU